AUGAACACUGAAACAUUGGAUGUAAUCGAUAAAUCGUUGAAAUGGUCAGAUUAUGUAAUGAAUACAAUCUCGAAUAAUAAUAAAAAUAAUUGUGGUGAAAAUAACACUGAAUGUUCUUGGAUAAUCGAUCAGAUGACUUGUCAAAAUCUGAAUAUUCCAUGUCAUCAUCACUAUCAUCAUCAUGAUAAUGACGAAGAUGAUGAAGUGAAUAACACUGUGAGAAAAAAUGGGGAAAUUGACAUGUCUAUUAAUUAUGAAAUUAGCAAAUCUAUUCAACAUGUAAAUCAUGAUAGUAACAAUGAUUAUAAAAUCAUGAAUACUACUGUUCAUAAUGAUAAUAAUAAUAGUAAUAUUAGUAGUAGUAGUAGUAGUAGUAAUGAAUUCGGUAUAGAUACUUCAAAAGUCAACAUUGAAGUUGAGAAUAAAAAUCAUAAUAAAUUAAUCAAUUACAUGGAAUGUGAACUCGAAACACUGAUGAAAACAAACUCGAACUGGAAUAAUAAUCGUGAUAAACCCAAUAAAAUUCUGGAAGUAUCUAAUAGUUAUGAUGGACAUUAUGAAAAUUCACUAGUCAAUAAAGCGAAUAGUAGUAAGAUCGAUCAAUAUCAUGAUUAUAUUAUCAACAAAUCCAACAAAGAAUUGAAUAAUUUCAAUGAGAACGAGACUGAUUCAUCUGAAGGACAGGGACAAAACAGAGAACUAAACGACUCAUACCAUCGUCCUCAUUAUCAUCAAGCUAUCAACAAUGGAAUCAUAAAAGGCAACUGCCUAUUUCAGUCAGCCUUAAAACGACCAGAAAAUUCCAAAAUGAUUGAUUACUCCAACAGCAAUAAUCAAAUUAUCGAUGGAAAUAUUUAUAGUGACCAUUCACAAAAUAAAUGUGAACAAUCAUCGAUUCCUGAUUAUCAACCAGUAUACCCUGAUCAUAUUUCUUGUUAUCCAACUCAUUGUAUCACUGAUUCGUCAGGUUACACUUCAUCAAAUUCUUCAUUUUCAAAUUCAUUAUCUGAAUGUUCCACAUCGUCAUCGUCAUCUUUGACAGUAGUUAGUAAGAUUAACCUACCUACUGAAGAUGACGAUGCUACUCAUAAGAAUAUAAUCAGUAGGUUAGAUUGUACUGAUGAUAAAUCUCAUUCUAACAGAUUAAAGGAAAUGAAUUAUGAGAAAUAUUUACAUGUGAAUUUAUAUUCAACACAAAAUGAUGACCAGUAUUCCAAAAAAUGUCUGAAUUUGACUGAAUUAAAUGAAGCCUAUCAUCAACAGACUAAUGUAAGUAGUAAUGUAAAUUGUAGAGACAGUGGUUUCAACAAUUCACUGACCGCUUAUUUACAGUCAAAUAAACAUUUUAUGAAUGAUAAUAAUUAUCAUUAUAAUAAUGUUUUAAUGGAACAACAUAAGUGCACUUGGAAGAAUGAUCUUAUGUACAAAGGUUUUAGUAAAUUAAAGAAAAAUCUUCUUGAAGGUGAUGACAAUGAUGAUGAUGAAGAGGAUGACGAAGGAAAUGACGAUGUUGGUCAGGAUGAUUAUAUGAGUGAAGGUGAUACAGGACAAAGACCAAAUCAUCAAUUAAAUUUAAACCAUACUGUAAAUGAAUUAGACAUUAAUGUUCCUAUUCAAUUAACAAACAAUAAUCCUCAUACAUUAACAACUGCAAAAAAAUAUAAUAAAUAUACAGCACACGAAAUUGGAUUUGUUGACGGAAUGAUUGUAGACUGCAACAACGAUGAAAUGAUGAACAAUAUGACUAAAAUGUUGAAUUUUACACAGUCAAGACAACUUAUCAACAAUUCAGCUUUUCCAAUUAACGGAUAUACAACAACAAUAACAACAGUUCCACUAUCAUCCUCCUUCUCCGUACCAUCAUCAUCAUCAUCUUUAUCAAGAAUAACAAUGACCUCAUGUGUCUCCGUCUCUAAUAACAUCCAAACAACAUCAUCAACAGCGAAUUGUACACGACAAAUUAAUCAUGAGAAAAAUAAAAAACUACGUAAACCACGUACAAUUUAUUCUAGUAUGCAAUUACAACAAUUAGCUAAACGAUUUCAUUUAACUCAGUAUUUAAGUUUACCUGAAAGAGCAGAAUUAGCUGCAUCGUUGGGAUUAACACAAACUCAGGUUAAAAUAUGGUUUCAAAAUAGGCGUUCAAAAUUUAAAAAAUUAAUCAAUCAAGGUCAUGAUGUAUCCCUUUUAACAAAUUCAUUAUCAUGUAAAUCAGAAACAAGUGAAUUAAAUAAUCAAAUAGAGAAUAUUUAUGAAGAUUGUCAUGAUCUCUUAAUGAAAACUAUGCCAUCUGAAACUGAUAUUCCCAUCAAUUCAGAUGAUAUACCGAUUGACUCUUCAUCUGGAUUUGAAAAUGGUCAUUCGAAUAGUAACUCAAACAGUCCAAUCACUCAGUCAAUAAUUAGUUCACCUGAAACUAAUCUCAAUAAACAUAUUACUAAUACUAAUAACAAUAAUAAUUAUGUUAAAUUGGAUUUACAGCCUAAUAAUUUCGUAAAAUAUGAAAUCACAUCGUCAGGUAAUUUAUGUUAUCAAACAUGGUCAACAGAUAUAAAAGAUGAUUACAGUAUUUCUAUUGAUGGUCAAACAGUUCAAAAUCAAGUAAAAUUCAAUGAUUCAAUACAAUGUAAUAAUUAUUUAAAUCAAAAUUUUUACUCCUCAACUAAUACUGAUCAAAUAAAUCUGUUGGAUGCAUUACCGAGACCAUAUUAUUGGACAAAAUCAUUGUUUGAAUCAUCAUCGUCAUCUAAUUAUUGGUUACCGAUGUCAACAAGUAAUCAAUGUUCACAUUUUAAUCCAAAAUCGUAUUCAACUCCAAGAUGCGACGAUGAUGAUAACGAUGAAGAUGAUGAUGAUGAUGAUGAUGAUGAUGAUGAUGACAACAAUGAUGAAGAUGAUGAUGAACAUGAAAACAGUGAAUUAGAACAUGAUACGAGUAAUGACAUUAAUAAUAAUACACAUGAUACAUGGACUUUUAAUAGAUCCAAUGAUUAUAGCCAUUUAAAUUCAACAACAACUAAGGAUAGAUUAAAAAAUUCUGAAAUAAUUUAUCCCAAAUCACCAUCACAAACUUCUUCAUAUCAAGAAUGGAGAAAAUACUGUUUAAAUAACGAAUCAAAUCAAUUGGUUUAUAAAUAUGAACAAGGUAAUUCACCAAAAACAUCUCAAGAUCCAUUCAAUUACAAUUUUCAUUCCUCUUGCUCACAAACAUUACCUGCAAUACCACCGAUACCUUCAGCGUUAAUAUCAUCAGCUGAAACACAACAAUCACCAUGGUCUUUUAUAGAAUCAAUCUGUGUACAACAACAACACCAACAACAAGAAACUGACGAAAAUGAAAAUGAACUAAACCCCAAAAACUCUGUCAUUAUUACAAAUCACAAUUUCACCAAAAUAUCUGAUACUCAUAAAAACACUAUUAUUCCAUUAACAAGUGAAUAUCAAUUUAAAAGGCAACAAGAACCACAAUUUCCUGAUCCAUGUGAACAUACAGCAUUAACAUCAACAAUAACAUCUGUAAUGGCUGAUUCAACAUCACCGUCAUCAUCAUUAUCAUUAUCAUCAUCGUCAUCAUCAUCAUUACAUAACAACACAUUGUACAUUUAGAUAUCGAAAAAAAGCUUCACUGAUGAAUGUCGACAAGUGACGAAAUACCAGUCAUUAUUGUUCAUUCAUUUCUAUAAAUACAAAUACAUAAUAAUAUUUAUUGAUACAUAAAAAUAAGAUGAUUCUAUACGUUUCACAUAAUAAGUCAAAUACAAUCAUUAGUAUUGUUAGUCAAUUAUUAUUUGAACUACCUCGAAAAAUACUAUUAUUCUUACCAAUACGAGUAUAUUGUUCAAUUUUCAGUUGACUCGGAGAUUAUUAAAACAAAAUUAGUCAAAGUAAGGAAAUACUACUGAAUAAUUUAAUCUAUAAAUAGUGUAUAUUCUACUGUUAAAUUGAUGUAAUUAGUAACGGUUAAAGAAAAAAUAAAUAAACAAAGGGAUUCACCACACAAAGAAAAGUGAGAAACAUGUUCAAUAUAAAUUAAUGUUUAAAUAGUAUUCAGGAUCAAUGCAAAAUACUUGUCAUUUUGAUACAUAACUUACUAUGAAUAUACAAUCACAAUUACAUCAUGAUCACGAUCACGAUCAUCAUCUGUAUCGGCUUGUAUACUGUUUGUUUCAUUUGUACAAGGAAUUUGAAAAUUGUUGUUUACUCUGUUACUUUACAAAAUUAUCACUUUUAAACAAUAUCACUUAAUUCCUUUCUAUAUACAUAUAUAAUACAACAAUCCUUA